CGUCAUACGUAACAUGGCCGCUUUCAUAAUAAUUCCGCAUUUGACUUAUCUGUAGCUUGUUGUGUUCUUUUUGCAAAGCUCUACAGAAUGCCCAAAUAUUACGAGGAUAAAGAGGACGAUGGCCGCGCCUGCGCUGGAUUAAGAGAAGAUUUCAAAGCCUGUCUCCUUCAGCAUGACUGUGUAGUGAAGGAGGGUAAGAAGCCCAGUGCAUGUCUGAAGGAAGGACAUUGCAAAGGCUUGCAAGUGGCUUUCUUUGAGUGCAAGAGAUCCAUGCUGGACACCAGAUCUCGAUUCCGAGGCCGAAAGGGAUACUGAAUAACACCUUCAACGUGAAUAACAUGUUUUGUAUCAAAAUGCCAAGACAUGCUCUCAAAUGUGUAAAUAUAAUGCUUUUUAAGCAAACUUGUCUAGUGAAAAAUAGUUGACUCAUCAACAAAAUAAAUCAUAAAAUAAAACCGAUUUCCAGUUCUGAAUGUUCACUCAU